CCAACCGUCAGGGUCGCAAGUAGUGGUGCCUACGCAGAAAGUCGGAAUAUUGGGCUGCCUCGUUCAGGGCCGGACGCUUACCCAACCUACUUGGAGCUUCAGAACCAUGGCGACAAAGGAGGCAGGAGAUGGUGAAGCAGAGUCGAGCCUUCCCUCAGCCAACGGGAGGAAGCAAAUGUCUGAAAAACCAAACUAUGCUCUUAAAUUUACUCUCGUGGGACAUACGGAAGCAGUUUCAUCAGUUAAAUUUAGCCCUAAUGGAGAAUGGCUAGCAAGUUCUUCUGCUGAUAAAGUAAUUAUAAUUUGGGGAGCCUAUGAUGGAAAGUAUGAGAAAACACUUUAUGGUCACAGUCUGGAAAUAUCAGAUGUUGCCUGGUCAUCAGAUUCCAGUUGGCUUGUUUCUGCCUCAGAUGAUAAAACGCUAAAGAUUUGGGAUGUGAGAUCUGGAAAAUGUCUGAAAACGCUAAAGGGGCACAGUAAUUACGUUUUUUGCUGUAAUUUCAACCCACCAUCUAAUCUCAUCAUUUCAGGAUCUUUUGAUGAGAGUGUGAAGAUAUGGGAGGUGAAAACAGGAAAGUGCCUCAAGACUUUGUCUGCUCAUUCUGACCCAGUUUCUGCUGUUCAUUUUAAUUGUAGCGGGUCCUUGAUAGUAUCAGGUAGCUAUGAUGGUAUCUGUAGAAUUUGGGAUACUGCAUCAGGUCAGUGUUUAAAAACACUUAUUGAUGAUGAUAACCCUCCUGUCUCUUUUGUAACAUUUUCUCCAAAUGGUAAAUAUAUUCUAAUUGCAACCUUGGACAAUACUCUUAAACUGUGGGAUUACAGCAGAGGCAGAUGCCUGAAAACGUACACUGGCCAUAAGAAUGAGAAAUACUGCAUAUUUGCCAACUUUUCAGUUACUGGUGGAAAGUGGAUUGUAUCUGGUUCAGAAGAUAAUCUGGUUUACAUCUGGAAUCUUCAGACUAAAGAGAUUGUACAGAAAUUACAAGGUCAUACAGAUGUUGUAAUCUCAGCAGCUUGUCACCCUACAGAAAACAUCAUUGCAUCAGCAGCAUUAGGAAAUGACAAAACAAUUAAACUGUGGAUGAGUAACUACUAA